CAGGUGAACACUAAAGCCCCACAAUGUCUUUGAAACCACGAGUAGUUGACUUUGAUGAAACAUGGAACAAACUUCUAACAACAAUUAAAGCUGUUGUUAUGUUGGAUUACGUUGAAAGAGCAACAUGGAAUGAUCGCUUCUCAGACAUUUAUGCUUUGUGUGUGGCCUAUCCUGAACCUCUUGGAGAGAGACUUUAUACUGAGACUAAAAUAUUUUUGGAAAAUCAUGUACGCCAUUUGCACAAGAGAGUUCUGGAAGCUGAAGAACAGGUACUAGUUAUGUAUCACAGAUACUGGGAAGAGUAUAGCAAAGGGGCAGACUAUAUGGACUGUUUAUACAGGUACCUGAACACACAGUUUAUUAAGAAGAACAAAUUGACUGAAGCUGAUCUUCAGUAUGGUUACGGAGGGGUGGAUAUGAAUGAACCAUUGAUGGAAAUAGGAGAGCUAGCUCUUGAUAUGUGGAGAAAAUUAAUGAUAGAGCCACUGCAGACCAUCCUUAUUCGGAUGCUCCUCCGAGAAAUAAAAAAUGAUCGCUGUGGAGAAGACCCAAACCGGAAAGUAAUCCAUGGGGUUAUUAACUCCUUUGUUCAUGUUGAACAGUAUAAGAAAAAAUUCCCCCUAAAGUUUUAUCAGGAAAUUUUUGAGUGUCCUUUUCUGAAUGAAACAGGGGAGUAUUAUAAACAAGAAGCUUCAAAUUUAUUGCAAGAGUCAAAUUGCUCACAAUACAUGGAGAAGGUUUUAGGUAGAUUAAAAGAUGAAGAAAUGCGGUGUCGGAAAUACUUGCAUCCCAGCUCGUAUGGCAAAGUGAUUCAUGAAUGCCAACAGAGAAUGGUAGCUGAUCACUUGCAAUUUCUACAUGCAGAAUGUCACAAUAUUAUCAGACAAGAGAAAAGAAGUGACAUGGCAAAUAUGUAUACUCUGCUUCGUGCUGUGUCAAGUGGUUUACCUCAUAUGAUUCAGGAACUACAAAACCAUAUCCAUGAUGAGGGCCUUAGAGCAACCAGCAAUCUUUCUCAGGAAAAUAUGCCAACUCAGUUUGUGGAGUCAGUUUUGGAAGUACAUAGUAAAUUUGUGCAGCUCAUCAACACUGUUUUGAAUGGUGAUCAACACUUCAUGAGUGCCCUUGACAAGGCUUUGACAUCAGUAGUUAACUAUAGGGAGCCCAAGUCAAUCUGCAAAGCACCUGAGUUGCUGGCCAAGUACUGUGACAACUUGUUGAAGAAAUCGGCGAAAGGAAUGACAGAGAAUGAAGUAGAAGACAAACUUACAAGUUUCAUUACUGUUUUCAAAUACAUUGAUGACAAAGAUGUAUUCCAAAAGUUCUAUGCCAGAAUGUUGGCAAAAAGAUUAAUUCAUGGUUUGUCUAUGUCUAUGGAUUCUGAAGAAGCCAUGAUUAAUAAACUAAAGCAAGCCUGUGGUUAUGAAUUUACCAGCAAGCUCCAUCGAAUGUACACAGACAUGAGUGUUAGUGCUGAUCUCAACAAUAAAUUUAACAACUUUAUCAAAAACCAGGACACGAUUAUAGAUUUGGGAAUUAGUUUUCAGAUCUAUGUUCUACAGGCUGGUGCAUGGCCUCUAACUCAGGCUCCUUCUUCUACAUUUGCAAUUCCUCAGGAACUGGAAAAAAGUGUACAGAUGUUUGAAUUAUUUUACAGUCAGCAUUUUAGUGGAAGGAAGCUUACUUGGUUACAUUACCUUUGUACAGGUGAAGUAAAAAUGAAUUAUUUGUGCAAACCUUAUGUAGCCAUGGUCACAACAUACCAAAUGGCAGUGUUGCUCGCCUUCAACAACAGUGAAACUGUCAGUUACAAAGAUCUUCAGGAUAGCACGCAAAUGAAUGAGAAGGAACUGACAAAAACCAUAAAAUCCUUACUUGAUGUCAAAAUGAUCAACCAUGAUUCAGACAAGGAAGAUGUAGAGGCAGAGUCUACAUUUUCAUUAAAUAUGAACUUCAGCAGUAAACGAACAAAAUUUAAAAUUACUACAUCAAUGCAGAAAGACACGCCACAGGAGAUGGAGCAGACCAGAAGUGCUGUAGAUGAAGACAGAAAAAUGUAUCUUCAAGCUGCUAUAGUCCGUAUCAUGAAAGCACGUAAAGUGUUGCGACAUAAUGCUCUUAUUCAGGAG